UAUCUUGCCCGUGCGUUCAGCUGGAGUAUAUCUCGACGGAGGACAAGGACUUACAAACUUGUGCGUGUGUUAUGUGGAGGUGGAAGCUUUCCACAAUGAAGGAGUUUUAGUUCAUUCGUCCACCAAACGAGGACUGAAGUACUACUAUCUCUUGGUAGUGAUAUUGGGCCUUUUAAAUGAAGAGUCAAUAGUGCGCCUGGAACAUAGCAAUCACUAAAUAAAAAAAAAAAAUUUGAGAGGGAGGAAGGGCAGAGAGAGGGACAGAGGAUGGAAGUCGGCUCUGUGCUGAGAGAGCCCCACCCAAGGCUUGAACUCCCGAACUGUGAGAUCAUGCAUGACCUGAGCUGAAGUCCGAAGCUUAACUAACUGAGCCACCCAGGCGCCCCAUAUAAUCGCUAAAUUCAUUAACACUAUUCAUUUCAUUUCAUUCCCUUAUGUUGAAUCACUGUGGCAAGGGAUAGGAAUUUUUUCAAGGCUUUGGAUAAAUGUUGUAAAGCGGCUUUGUAAAUGGGUAGUUUACACUGUUACCAACAACGUAACAGCUUUCUUGUUGCUUUAUAUUACGAUAUAUGAUAGGGUCACUCUCUUUGAUUACUUUCUUCAGUUUUCGACAGUCUCACCUGUUUUCUGUCAAGUUCAAAAUCGGCACCAUUUUUAUACCUCCACCCCCACCACAAACGAAAUUCUCUGAAGAACCACCAAGGGGCGCGUGGGCGGGCGCCUACGCCCGCCACAACACUUACCCCGCCACCUCUUCCACCACGCGAAGGCUAAACCCAGAUCUCGCGGGAGGAGAUGGGGUUUCAAACGAGAACUUCUAACCCCACCCUACCUCCCAGGGGUCACAUGACUGGCGCCUGCGUCCUAGACUCAAGGUCUUUCCUGGUUGCCUACUGGCUGUUAAUUCGGCUACAGGCUGUCGUGAGGUCCAUUCCGGAAGUAGACCCCUUAUCUAGUCCUUCUUUGCGGAAGCCUGUCACAACCUAGCCGUCCAUCCUCCAGCGGAAGUUCGUCACGUCGCGGUUGCCCCCGCACAGCGGAUGUGUGUCGCCGCUUAGGUGACGCUGGGAAGUGCUGCAGCCUCCGCCGCUGCCUUCUGGUUGAAGCACUAUGGAGGGAGAGAGGAAGAACAACAACAAACGGUGGUAUUUUACUCGAGAACAGCUGGAAAACAGCCCGUCCCGUCGUUUUGGCCUGGACCCAGAUAAAGAACUUUCUUCUCGCCAGCAGGCGGCCAAUCUGCUCCAGGACAUGGGACAACGUCUUAACGUCUCACAAUUGACUAUCAACACUGCUAUAGUAUACAUGCAUCGAUUCUACAUGAUUCAGUCCUUUACACAGUUCCAUCGAAAUUCUGUGGCUCCAGCGGCCUUAUUUCUAGCAGCUAAAGUAGAGGAGCAACCAAAAAAAUUGGAACACGUCAUCAAGGUAGCACAUACUUGUCUCCAUCCACAAGAAUCACUUCCUGAUACUAGGAGUGAGGCUUACCUGCAACAAGUUCAAGAUCUGGUGAUAUUAGAAAGCAUAAUUCUGCAGACUUUAGGAUUUGAACUAACAAUUGAUCAUCCACAUACACAUGUGGUAAAGUGCACUCAACUGGUUCGAGCAAGCAAGGACUUAGCACAGACUUCUUACUUCAUGGCAACCAACAGCCUGCAUUUGACCACAUUUAGCCUGCAGUACACACCUCCUGUGGUGGCCUGUGUCUGCAUUCAUCUGGCUUGCAAGUGGUCCAACUGGGAGAUCCCAGUCUCAACUGAUGGGAAGCACUGGUGGGAGUAUGUUGACGCCACUGUGACCUUGGAACUUUUAGAUGAACUGACACAUGAAUUUCUACAGAUUCUGGAGAAAACUCCCAACAGGCUCAAACGAAUUCGGAAUUGGAGGGCAUGCCAGGCUGCCAAGAAAACAAAAGCAGAUGAUCGAGGAACAGAUGAAAACACUUCGGAGCAGACAAUUCUCAAUAUGAUUUCCCAGAGCUCUUCAGACACAACUAUCGCAGGUUUAAUGAGCAUGUCAACUUCUUCUACCACAAGUUCAGUGCCUUCCCUUCCAGCCACUGAAGAGUCAUCCAGCAACUUAAGCAAUGUGGAGAUGUUGCAGGGCGAACGUUGGCUGUCCUCCCAACCCCCUUUUAAACUGGAACCUGCUCAGGGUCAUCGGACUAGUGAGAAUUUAGCACUUAUAGGAGUUGAUCAUUCUUUGCAACAGGAUGGUUCGAAUACAUUUAUUUCCCAGAAGCAAAAUAGUAAGAGUGUGCCAUCAGCUAAAGUGUCUCUGAAAGAAUACCGUGCAAAGCAUGCAGAAGAGUUGGCUGCCCAAAAGAGGCAAUUAGAGAACAUGGAGGCCAAUGUGAAGUCACAGUAUGCAUAUGCUGCCCAGAAUCUCCUGUCACACCAUGAUAGCCAUUCUUCGGUCAUUCUGAAAAUGCCCGUAGAGGGCUCAGAAAACCCUGAGCGGCCUUUUCUGGAAAAAGCUGACAAAGCAGCUCUCAAAAUGAGAAUCCCAGUGGCAAGUGGAGAUAAAGCUGCCUCUUCAAAACCAGAGGAGAUAAAAAUGCGCAUUAAAGUCCAUGCUGCAGCUGACAAGCACAAUUCUGUAGAGGACAGUGUCACAAAGAGCCGAGAGCACAAAGAAAAGCACAAGACCCACCCAUCUAAUCAUCAUCAUCAUCAUAAUCACCACUCACACAAGCACUCUCACUCACAGCUUCCAGCUGGUACUGGGAACAAACGUCCAGGUGAUCCAAAACAUAGUAGCCAGACAAGCACCUUAGCACACAAACCCUAUAGCUUGUCUAGUUCUUUCUCCUCUUCCAGUUCUACUCGUAAAAGGGGCCCCUCUGAAGAGACUGGAGGGGCAGUGUUUGAUCAUCCAGCCAAGAUUGCCAAGAGUACUAAAUCCUCUUCCAUAAAUUUCCCCUUCCCUCCUCUUCCUACAAUGGCCCAGUUGCCUGGGCAUAGCUCAGACACAAGUGGCCUUCCCUUUACACAGCCUAGCUGUAAAACUCGAGUUCCUCAUAUGAAACUGGACAAAGGGCCCACUGGGGCCAAUGGUCACAACACAACCCAGACAAUAGACUAUCAAGAUACUGUGAAUAUGCUUCACUCCCUUCUCAGUGCCCAAGGUGUGCAGCCCACUCAGCCCCCUGCAUUUGAAUUUGUUCAUUCUUAUGGUGAAUAUCUGAAUCCACGGGGUGGUGGAAUGUCCUCCAGGUCUGGCAAUACAGACAAACCCCGGCUCCCACCUCUACCAUCAGAACCUCCUCCACCACUUCCACCCCUUCCUAAGUAAAGAAAAAGAAGAGGAGAAAAAAAAACUUCCAUAAAAACAA